CGAUUCCAGACACGCCUACCUCUCUCUCCCCUUCCCUUGACGGAGUCGCCGAAGCUCCUCCUCCUCCUCCGCCUCCGCCGCCUCCGCCUCCUCCGCCGCCGCCGCCUGCUUCUCCUUCCCUCCGCCGCUCCGCGAUUCGCGCCCUCAGAUCUCCGGAGGAAAAAAAAAAUGCAGAGCGCGGCGUUCACUCUCUCCCCCGCGUCUCCCUUCCUCAAGUCCCCGGCCGCCGGUCGACGCGCCGUCGGCCUCCGGUACGAUCCCAUUCGCCUCUCCGCUUCUCCCUCCUCGAGAGCGCGCGAUGCGGCUGCCGCGAGCGCCGUCCCGAGGAGCCUCUCCGCCGCCGACUCCUCCUCGUCGCCGCCGCUCCAGCGCCGAUCGUGGAGCCUCGGCUCGCCUCCCUCGUCGAGGCCGUGGGGCGGGGUGCCGUUCCUCGGCUCCGAUCGCGAGGCGAGGGGACUCGAGGCCAGGGCGGCGUCGGUGCCCGAGGCCGCCGGCGAGGGGGAGAAGUCGGGCGGGCUGGGGAAGACCUUGGAGCUCGGGAUGUUGUUCGGCCUCUGGUACCUCUUCAACAUCUACUUCAACAUUUACAACAAGCAGGUCUUGAAGGCGUUCCACUACCCUACCAAUGUCACCCUGGCUCAAUUUGCUGUUGGCUCCGUGCUUGUUAUCAUAAUGUGGACUUUCAAUCUCUAUAAAAGGCCCAAACUCAGUCGUUCGCAGCUGUUGGCCAUUUUGCCACUUGCCGUGGUGCACACGAUGGGCAAUCUCUUUACUAAUAUGAGUCUUGGAAAAGUGGCUGUUUCGUUCACUCACACCAUCAAAGCCAUGGAACCAUUUUUCUCAGUUAUUCUAUCGGCUAUGUUUCUUGGGGAGAUGCCUACCAUCUGGGUUGUCUCUUCUCUUCUACCAAUCGCUGGUGGAGUUGCACUUGCAUCAAUGACAGAGGCUUCCUUUAACUGGGCUGGGUUUUGGAGCGCAAUGGCCUCGAAUCUGAGUAAUCAAUCUCGCAAUGUACUCAGCAAGAAAGUCAUGGUCAAGAAGGAGGAAUCCUUGGACAAUAUAACUCUCUUUUCAAUUAUAACCAUCAUGUCGUUUGUUUUAUUAUUCCCCGUGACUUAUUUUACGGAAGGUCUCAAGUUUACUCCUGCAUACCUACAAUCUGCGGCGCAACAGGGAUUAAAUGUUCAGCAGAUGUUAACCAGGUCUUUUCUUGCAGCGUUGUGCUUCCAUGCAUAUCAGCAGGUCUCUUACAUGAUACUACAGAGGGUAUCCCCAGUGACCCACUCCGUAGGAAAUUGCGUGAAGCGGGUUGUGGUCAUUGUCAGCUCAGUUCUCUUUUUCCGAACUCCAGUCUCACCCAUAAAUUCCCUAGGUACUGGAGUGGCCCUUGCUGGAGUCUUUCUAUACUCACGCGUGAAGCGCAUUAAGCCAAAGCCGAAGACUGCUUAAAGAAACACCGAUGCAAAUUUUGUCGUUAGCUUGGAUAGGCAAUCAAUCCGUUCAAUCUCAGUGUACUCGAGAAUAUCUUGCAGGUCAGACAGGAAGCAGAUCUUCUGCUUGCCCUGUGCACUCUCUUCUCUUCCUCGUUCCAUUAUUGUUCUCCCUCCCUGCUUCUGAUAAUUUGAUCAGGACUGAUCCGGGAAUUACAUCUCCAAGUUAUGUAGCUGUCCUUGAAUUUGAUUGAUAUUCAUCUGUUGAUUUGAUUCUGAAUUUCGGUAACUAAAUCAAUUUGUAUGGUGUGGUUAGAUGAUUGGUUUUUAGAAAUAGAUUGGAUUUCCUGUAUAAGAAGUCUCAUUUGCCGCAUGUCGUCGUAUUAUUGUCUGUUGCUCGGUAGUGUCAGCCUCCGCUCCGCUGCGAUCAGUAGCAUCUGUACCUUCUGUGAAUGAGGCACAGUGGAUUUUCUGGUAUUCAGUUUGGACAUCUUUUAUGAA